AUGGUCCCUCCACCAAGAGCGGGGUCAUUUUCGCCAAAUCCUGCCCAGGCUCUCCAGACCGGCUCCAAUCACUCCCCUCAUCCAUCGCACGCUGGUGUUCUCAGUGCUGGCGCCAGCCCCAGCACCAGCAGUCCGACGGGGGCCAGCUCCCUCACUAAGAUUGUUGUCGCACAAGUUUAUCUCCUCCUCAGCACAAUCAAGGAGGAUAAGGACCGAGCCAAGUGGGAAUUGCAAGUUGAACAGCUCAGAAAACUUAUCGAUGACUACGGCAUGGAAGUCUUCACCAAAUACUUCACUCGACUAGUUGUCGGCAAUGCGCCACAAAUAUUUCCUGGCCUUAACCGGCCAGUUGCCAACCCUGGCAACUACCACCUUCUUGUCAGCGAGAUGCACAAAAUUGCCUACGAACCUGAACAAGCGACCAGAAUUGCAGAGUCUAUCGAGAGCGGAACUGAAGAUAUUUUUCGUGAUUUUGACUUGUCGACGUUCAUGGAGCAAUUCAAGCUUGAUGCGCUCAUGAAGACUCUGCUUGCGCUGGCCUUCAAAAUGGGGUCAAGGGUUGAUCUCAAGACAAAGGCUGACGCGAUUCUAUCGGCAAACUUCAGUACCUUUGUGCACAUGCUCGAGUUACCCGGGGUGCACGCAGAUAUUCACCCGAGCUUCAUGGCCAUGAUCAUCGACCGUUUCCUCCAAUACCACCCUCCAAGCUUUGUUGCAUCCUCUCGAAACAAUCUUCGCAAUGCCAUUAUAACGCGAUACGCGGCGUUGGACACAGCUACUCCUGCAUCGUGUCUGGCUGCAUUAGAUCUUGCGCGCGUUCUGGCUGACAAACCUACAAAUGCAUUGGCGAGGUAUAUACAAAAGACUGGUGCUGAUGUUACUCGUGAUGAAGAGUCCUGUGUUUCGCAUCUGCAAGCACGGCACGGGCAUUUCCAGCUGACACCCGAGCAAGUUUCUUCGGCGCUCACGUUUGUGACUAUCACACAACAACCUGAGCAUGAUCCGUCGGUUCUGGUUGCUGCUGUUCGCCGAAUUGUGCCCAGAACGUUUGAUUGGAACGAUGUCGUGCGGUCAUUCGACCAGCCGACUGCUAGAAUAACCUCUGAUCAACUUCUUCGCUUGUAUAAAGCUCUCCUACCAGUAGCCGAGGAUCCCAAGGCAAACUUCGACAUCCAGCGGCUGUGGGGUGGCACAUGGUCUGAACCAGAGGCUCAGUUAUCUUUCGUGAGUGCCUAUGCUGCCUUGACGCCAGAGCAGCUCGAUGCGACGACGAUCCCGAACCUCCAGCGAAGCAUCGACCUCGACGACUAUGCGAAAUCCCCCCAGAACGUACGCGACAGGGCAGCAAUUGCUCAAAAGCACCCGCUGGUAUCCGUCGCGGCUCUAUCAGGCAUCUUCCACGCUGCGCUCAAUUCGGUCCACUCAUCCCAAACGAUCGAGGCCAAGCGACUAUUUCAGUUUGUUGUGGUUCCGAAUCUCGAUAUAUUCCUUGUUACCGCAUUCGAGAUCCCGAGGGAGUCUUGGGCUGGUAUGGCGGCCGAGACCGUCGGUACAUUGUUCGAACAAUUCUUAUAUAAGAAUUCCGAGAAUUGGGAGUUCGCAUUGGACAGUCUUUGGCGCAAAGAUAAGGAGUGGCCUGGCGAAUUGCCACUUAUUUUUGAGCAUGCAGUCAAGCUCAAGUGGUUGGACACCCUGGUAUAUUUAGGCAACGGGUUCGCUCUUGAUCUGGCGGCUCUUGCUCACGCAGAAGGAUAUGUUGACCUCUCCAAAUGGGCCAAGUACCAUGCAGACCAAGGAGUCGACAUUUCCAGAACACUGAUACAAUUUCUUUUGAUCAAGACCAAUUUGGAAAUUGCGUCGCAACGACCUGACCCUGAGCACAAUAGUAUCAGGGCAGCCACUACCAACCUUCAGGUCCGCACCGUAUCUGCCUUGCUACAGAUUCUCGAGGACUUGAUGCCAAAAGCUCCGGUACCCGAUCUUAUUGUUGUCCAGCGUCAGUGCAUCACAGCUUAUCCGCGGCUGAUCAACUAUGGCGAAGGCUAUGACGAUAUUAUCGAUGCCAACUCGUCCCUCGGCAACGGCCUCCCGUCAGCAGCCAACAACAAGAUGGAAGAGCACUACAAGAGAAUGUACGGCGACGAGAUUCCCGUUCGCACGAUCGUUGAUAUUCUUGAGCGAUACAAGCAUUCCAGGGACAUGCUCGAUCAGGAUGUCUUCGCCUGCAUGAUUCACGGGCUGUUCGACGAGUAUAAUCACUAUGUCGACUACCCGCUCGAAGCUCUGGCGACCACAGCGGUCCUGUUUGGCGGCAUCAUUUCUCACAAGUUGAUUUCCGACCUUCCAUUGAAAAUCGGUCUCGGGAUGGUUUUGGAGGCUGUCCGUGAUCACCGACCGGAUGAGUCGAUGUACAAAUUUGGCUUACAAGCUCUGAUGCAAUUACUCUCUCGAUUCCGAGAAUGGCCGGGAUUCUGCAAACAGCUACUCCAGGUUCCAGGUCUACAAGGCACGGAUGCUUACAAGAAGGCGGAAGAAAUCGUUCGUGAGCAUGAGGAGGAUUUAGCUCGAAGUCGGGGCAGCGGCGGCACUGCCCAAUCGCUGGGCUUCGCUGGCGAUGCUCUUGCAAACGGCACUAUUGACGAUCUUGCCUUCCCCGAUGGGCCUACGGCGCCGUUUUCGGCUAUUGGUAUUGACCCUGUUCCCUCAGGGGCCGGAUACGAAGAUCCCGACGAGGACGAGCAGGGCAAAAUCCAGUUUGUCCUGAACAAUAUCACAGAGCAGACUCUCGAAUCCAUGUGCAUGGAGCUUCGUGAUAUGCUGGAUCACAAGCAUCAACAAUGGUUUGCAAGCCAUCUGGUUGCCGAGAGAGCAAAGAUGCAACCCAACUACCACCAUGUAUACCUAGACCUGGUCAAAUUCUUCGAGGACUCGUCUCUGUGGAGUGAGGUGCUCAGGGAGACCUAUAUCAACGUCGCUCGCAUGCUCAAUUCUGAAGCCACGAUGCAGAACUCGACUGAGCGAACACACUUGAAAAAUCUUGGUGGUUGGCUCGGACUCUUGACACUUGCUCGUGAUAAGCCUAUCAAGCACAAAAACAUUGCCUUCAAACAACUGCUGAUUGAAGCCCACGACACCAAGAGACUCAUCGUUGUGAUCCCGUUCGUCUGCAAGGUACUUCUACAAGGCUCUACCUCGGCUGUGUUCCGUCCUCCCAAUCCUUGGUUGAUGGAUAUCAUAUAUCUCCUAAUUGAACUCUACCAUCACGCCGAGCUCAAACUCAACCUCAAGUUCGAGAUUGAGGUCCUCUGUAAGGGUCUCAGCCUCGACCAUAAAAGCAUUGAACCCUCCGGCGAAAUCCUCAACAGGCCAGUUGCGGAGGAGCCUGCGGCCGUGCUCACCGUCGAGCAACUUGAGCCAUUUGAAGGGAUACCUUUGAACGGCCUUGGCUCUGGCAUCGGUGCCGGGCUGUCUCCCCAAACAGUAGCGCCGACUAUCCCCGACUUAAGUGCGCAGAUCACCAUACCGCCCACAAAUGAAAUGGUGGUCAGUACCACCAGGUUGCAUGAAAUCGCCCGAAACGCUGUCACCCGCGCCUUGCACGAUAUUAUCCAGCCUGUUGUCGAUAGGUCAGUUACAAUCGCUGCGAUUUCAACGCAACAAAUGAUCCGAAAAGACUUCGUUUCCGAGCCAGAUGAGAACCGAAUUCGGCUCUCUGCGAUCAACAUGGUCAAAGCAACCGCUGGAAGCCUCGCUCAAGUUACUUCCAAGGAGCCUCUUCGAGCUAACAUGACUAAUUACAUGCGCAAUCUCUCAAACGAUCUUCCAUCUGGUCUUCCGGAAGGCACGAUCAUCAUGUGUGUUAACUCCAACCUCGAUCUUGCCUGCAACAUCAUUGAGCAGCAAGCUGAAGAGCGGGCUGUGCCAGAGAUUGAGGAUCUUCUCGAGUCUGAUUUUGAGGCCAGACGCCGAUACAAGAUUCAGCAUCCAAACGAGUCCUCGUACCCAGCCAACAUCAACCGCUGGGCGAUGACCAUACCUUACCCAUUCAAACUGUCUCCCAAUAUGCCUGGACUGAACCCUGAGCAAAUGGCCAUCUAUGAGGACUUCGCCCGGCAGCCCCGGAACACGGCGACUACAACUACAUCAGGCGCAAAUCAUGAGCCCUCCGCCUCUGAUGCGACGAGAUCGCUUGCCAAUGAAGUGCUACAAGAGCCCUUUGGUAAUAUGCCUAAUAUUCCCACUCCUGCAGAGACACCGUCACUUCAGCAACUCGGCUCGCAGAUGCAACCCUAUGCUUCUCUCCAAAGCACCGCGGGAAGCAUGUCGAACGGACGGGCUAACAACUUUCCCGUGGAAGCUCAUGGUCUGCCAGAGCGCUUAAAUAAGUUGUUGCAAGAACUUCUUCGUGCCGCCGGCGAGGCCCGUGAGGAGCACUUUGCCGACUUACCCCGCCCCCACCAAGUUCUUGACGUUGUCGAUGCGCUGGUUCAGUUGCUCAUUAAGACGUCUCAGAGCUCAGACGAAUUUCCCAUCUAUGCUGCGGAGCAGAUUACUGGUGUAAUUUUCCAGCAGGUCGAGGACAACCUUACUCUGGAGAGUCUUGUUCACGUUAUGGAGACUUUACGCAAGAUCUCGGGUGCCGAUCUGAACAGCCGUGUGCGCGCUCUAUUUAGUCAGCAGCCAGGAAGCAGCUUCCUUAGCUUGCCCUUACUUGCUGCUCUGACGCGCACUGAUCUUCUCGAUUGGAGAAGCAUCGACCUUGCCAUGUCCAAGGCUCUCGAUGAGAGGAAAGAGGGGUCUCUGGGGUUCCUGGAGCAGAUGUUUGAUCUCGUUCUCCUCAACAGUCGCCCCAUCGCUCUCUAUGCUGAUUUCGUCCGUACUUUGGAAGCAGCCUGGAACUGGAUUAACGCGGACAGCGAAUCUGUCGUCGGCGAGAGACUCAAGGCGAAGCUUGUCGGUGCUGGUAUGUACCAGCCAUCACAAAGCCACGGUAACGAGUCUUCGUCUAGACACGAACAAAUGGAAUAUGUCUUUGACGAAUGGGUGCAUUUGUGUAACAACCAGAAUGCAUCGGGCGCAGCAGUCGAUGUCUUCAUCAAGCGGCUACGCGCCACCCAGGUUAUUCGCAACAAGUCUGAUUUCUUAAUCUUCCUCCGCAGCAGCAUUGACUUGUCCGUUGAACGCUUUGAGCAUUUGAUCCAUGCCGGCAGUGAUGGUUACAUCAUGAUUGAUGCUCUCGCGAAGCUCAUUGGCGUGUUUGUCGGCAUGCAUCAGGACAGCAGUGCAAGCCGUGCGUCAUUUGUCGACUCGGUGCUUGGCAUCACCACUAUGGUGUUGUAUCAUCACCAAACGAAUCGCGGGGAACACCUCAAUCAGAGACUCUUCUUCCGCCUGUUCUCUAUGCUCUUUCACGAACUACAAACCAUCUGCGAUCAGCUACCCGAGAUGGAGUCGAGAGAUAUUAUUCUGACUGUUGCCCGCAGAAUGGAGCCGCUCGGUCCUUUCCAGUUGCCCGGCUUUGCUUUCGGCUGGCUCUCGCUUCUGCAGCACCGAUCUUUCCUACCAAAUUUACUGUCGAUUCCUGAAUACGGAGGAUGGCAGCAGUUUACCAGACUCCUGCGCCAGCAUUUGGAUUGUCUGAGCGAGCAGCUUAAGGCCUUGGGUGUGUCAUCCGUUGCCAAGGAGAUGUACCGAGCUACGCUCAAACUUCUUGUCAUUCUUCAGCAUGACUUUGCCGAGUUUGUUGCGGCGCAUCAUGUGGAUAUUUCCAAGAGCAUCCCACCCCACUGCACCCAGUUGCUUAACGCUGUUCUCGCAGCUCAGCCGCAGCAUGGUUACACCAAGGUGAUCACCAAAAGCAAGGGUGUUAGUGAGCGCGAAGAUUCGAAGGUCUACCCGGGGCUUGUUGAUGAUGCCAAGGCCAUUUUGCAACAAGCAGGGCUCAUUGAGGGCCUCGAGGAAGUUGUCCAAGGCGCCACCUCGGAGGGUAUCAUGGCGCAGAUUGUGCACAGCAUGAGCACUGGAUCGGAUCUUGAAACCACCUUUGGUCAUGUUCCAGUCUCCGCCAACAUCGAUGUCAUCAACGCUGUUGUCAUUUAUCUUGGUAGUCAUGGAGCAGAACGAUUAUUUUCCACCGAGCCGCCGAGGCUCAGCGGCAAGGAGCCGGAAGCUACGGUCUUGUCCGUGCUUGUUCACGAGGUAUCUCCAGAGGCUAGAUACUAUCUGGUGUCGAGCAUGAUCAAUCAGCUUCGAUACGCCAACACGCACACUGAGUUCUUCAGCCAACUAUUGCUCCACAUAUUCGGCAAUGACCUGCAUGAUCCGGAAGACACAGACAUCCGCCAAGAGAUUACAAGAGUCUUGCUCGAAAGACUGAUCGGAUUCUGGCCACAGCCAUGGGGACUGAUGUACACGGUCGUUGAGCUAGUAAAGAACGAGAAAUACAUGUUCUUCGACCUGCCAUUCAUCAAGUCUACUCCAGAGGUGGCGGAACGAUUUGGCAAUAUUCUUCAGCGGGUUUAG